GCGGGGAAAGAUGCGAAGUCGAAAUUGAGCUGGCGGGAGUACAGCUGAGAUGGCAGACCAGGGGCUGGAAAUGGCCUCCAUGAUUCCAGCUCUCAGGGAACUGGGCAGCAGCCGCACAUUGAGUCAACACUUUCAACGAGCUGUCCACCACGACCCCAAGAUCCUUCUCCUGUGCUAGUGCAGAGGAAUAUAAUACUGUCGUACAGAAGCCAAGACAAAUACUCUGCCAGUUUAUUGACCGAAUUCUUAUGGAUGUAGAUGUUGUGGCUCUAGAACUUGUUAAGAGAACUGAGUCUCAGCCAAGUUCUGUAAUGCUGCUUGAUUUUAUUCUGCAUAUUAUGAAAUCAUCCCCACUUAUAUUUAUAAAUGUAACUGGAACACAUCAGCAAAGUGACACAGAAUCCAGCUGUAUUGAAUUCAGCAAUUGGAUCAUAACAAGGCUUUUGAGAAUUGCAGCCACUCCAAACUGCCACAUUUUACACAACAACAUUUGUAAUGUUGUUUGUUCAUUACUGUGUCUUUUCAAAGUCAGGAACUGUGCCAUAUUUGACUUGCUGACAAAAGAAUUACUGCAUCUUCUUCAAGAUCUGAUUUUACUCCAUGAAAGAAACAUGGAGAUACACUUCCCGAGGGACUUAGUGAGCUGGCCUGUAAUUGUGAGUAGAUUUUCAUGCAACCCCAGUGUAUAUCUGGGCUGUUUAGGCUCUGUCCCAUUACAAUUGACGGGCAUGAGCAAUGUGGAAUGCUUGGAGUUAACACUGAUGAGAAUUCUUACUGAUAUAGCUUCUUAUGUGUUUUUUAAACGACAAGACAUUACCCUGUGGGGAAUAGGUUGUUCCCUAUUGGAGUAUGGUAGUCCAAAAGUUAAAGCUUUGAGCAUGACCUUCCUAACAGAACUGGUCCAGCUAGGAGGGCCUCCAGAAGAUAUAGCCAGCAGUUUCUUCUCGGUUCUUUUUGGAAUCUUGCAGUCCAUUCAUAAAAUGGAUGCUUCAGAGUUGGAACUAUAUGAAGAACCACUGUCCAUGUUGGUCCAGACUUUAUUUCCUUUUGAAACACAUUCCCACAUGACUGUUGAGCCUGUCUAUCUGAACAUACUGCUGGAGAAACUCCAUGCAUUGUUUGAAGCUGAUGUCCUCGGAUUUCUUCAGUCUGAGAAGAUGAAAGGAGCACUGUGUCACAUACUGCAGUAUUUCCUUACAUUUGUGCCAGCUGGAUACGAAUCUGCUGUUCAAGUUAGGAAGACCCGCAUUAACAGCAUCUGCAGAUUUUUUGUCGCAGUAGUUGGAAGCCAGGUGGAGCAAGAGUAUCUGCUGAGUCCGCUUUAUGCAGCCCUGAAGACUGAAGCAGCAGAGAUAAGACAGGAUCUUGAGUGUAGCAGUAAUCCAGAAACUUCUGAUACUGAUGGAUGCAGCAGCAGUAGUGAUGACAUUCCGGAAAAAAGACUACGUCUAAGCUUCUCCUUAAAACAGUCUAAAAAGUUGCCUACACUAGCAAAUCCUGUGAACAUGAAAAUGAAGAGCAUGCUGUGGAAUGCCAUUAUCAAGAAAGUGGAAUCUCUGUUGCUUCUCUUGGAACAAGACAUGCUUCCAGUGGAAGUGGUACAAACCAUAGAGGGGAUUUCUUUAAUAGUCCAGCUAGCUGCUCUGUGCACAAUACACUGUACACAAAAUUUCAACAGCACAGGUAAUCAAGUUGCUCACCCGUGUAAUGUUCGCAGCCACAAACAUAAUACUGUUUGGCCUUCAGAAUCAGGGGAGCAUAUCCAGUUAAUCUGGAUUUCUUCUGAGUUUAUCAUGAAAAUAGUUAAAGCCUGUUGGAAGCUGUUGGAGGCUGCUUCACGGAUAACUGACCUAGAACCAGUGAUUCAAAGAGUGGUGAAAAUCACUGAUGCCUUACUUUAUAUGCAAGUCAAAAUACAACAUAAUGAUGAGAUUAUUGAAAAUUUGUUUGGAAUACUCUCUUUGCCAUGGCUUGCCAGCCAUUCUGACAACUCUUCAAUCAAGUUGUCUGCAUUUAGUUUGGAUCUUCUGGCUUUGAGCCAGAAUACUGCAAGUAAUUUUUCACCUGAAAUUCAGUCAAGUUGUGUGUUCCUUCUUUCUCUAAUUCCAAGAAGAUUAUGCCUGAAGUGGAGAAAUUCUGUUUAUCAGCAUGCACUACAGAGUCCCCAUGAAGUUGUCAGAGCUAAUUGUGUUAAAGGAUUUCCUAUCCUUCUGUACCAGUCAGGUGUAAAAUCCUGUGCCACAUUGCCUGCAUCUCUUUUAGACCACCUAAGAGAUGAAUCUCUGUUAGUCCAAGAAGCUUAUGCCAGUAUCAUUGGAAAACUAGCUUGUUGUCUUUCUGGCAACUUUAAGCUAAGACCUUCAGCUGAAGCUGACAUUCAGCCCCAAAACUGUGGCAUUCUUUGUAGCACACUUAUUGUGAUUCCCUCUGACGAGCAAAUCUGUUCAGUGAAAGCUGAUGUUUUCAAGCCAUUCUUAAACCUUCUUGAGGGCAGCAUAUCCAGUUCAGUAAAACUUCUUCUAAUACAGAAUCUCUCUCUCCUUUGUAAACACCUGGACUUCAGAGAGGAUGAACUGAAUGUAAAAGUUGUCAUUGGGUCUUUCUUAAAGUUAAUGGAAGAUCCAGACAAAGAUGUAAGAGUGGCUUUCAGUGGCCACAUCAAAUACAUAUUGGAUUCUUCACGCUCUGAGGAAGGAUUCAUAAAAGAGCUUUUUGUUUCCAGAAUGAAGGAGGCCUAUACAAAUGCUAAAAUAUCAAGAAAUAGUGAGCUGAAGGAUACACUGAUUCUUACAACAGGCGAUAUUGGAAGGGCAGCAAAAGGGGAUUUGGUGCCCUUUGCACUCCUGCACUUGUUGCAUUGCUUGUUGUCCAAAUCGGCAUCUGUGGCUGGAGCAGCAUAUACAGAAAUCAGAUCGUUGGCAGCUGCCAAGUCUGUAAAGCUGCAAGCCUUUUUCAGUCAGUACAAGAAGCACAUCUGCCAGUUUUUAGUGGAAUCACUCCACUCCAGUCAACUAGCAAUGCUUUCAAACACCCUCUGCCAAAACAAUGAAAUGCAGAAACAAGAGAUUGCUCAUCAAAAGACAGCGGCCCUGGACACAUUAUCUGAAAUUGCCAAUGUAUUUGAUUUUCCAGACCUCAAUCGUUUUCUCAAUCGGAUUCUCCAGGUUCUUUUGCCUGACCUUGCUGCCAAGGCCAGUCCUGCAGCUUCUGUGCUUAUUCGAACGAUAGCAAAACAGCUCAAUGUAAACCGCAGAGAGAUCCUUAUCAACAACUUCAAGUACAUCUUCUCUCAUCUGGUCUGCUUCUGUAGUAAGGAUGAGCUGGAGCGAGCACUUCACUAUCUCAAGAAUGAAACUGAGAUAGAACUAGGAAGUUUGCUGAGGCAAGACUAUCAGGGAUUGCACAAUGAACUAUUGCUACGAAUAGGAGAGCACUACCAGCAAGUCUUCAAUGGUUUAUCAAUCCUGGCCUCAUUUGCAUCUAAUGAUGACCCAUAUCAGGGUCCUAAGGACAUAAUAUCUCCGGAGUUAAUGGCCGAUUAUCUUCAACCAAAAUUGCUGGGCAUCUUGGCUUUCUUCAACAUGCAGUUGUUGAGCUCCAGUAUUGGCAUUGAAGAUAAAAAAAUGGCCUUAAACAGUUUGAUGACAUUAAUGACCCUGAUGGGUCCCAAACAUAUAAGUGCUGUGAGAGUGAAGAUGAUGACUACCCUCAGGACGGGGCUGAGAUAUAAAGAGGAUUUCCCAGAGUUGUGCUGCAAGGCUUGGGAUUGCUUUGUACGAUGCUUGGACCAGACUCAUCUUGGUUCCCUUCUUAGUCAUGUGAUAGUAGCUCUGCUGCCUCUCAUACACAUUCAGCCAAAAGAAACGGCAGCGAUCUUUCAUUUUCUUAUAGCUGAGAACAGAGAUACAGUACAAGACUUUCUACAUGAAAUAUAUUUCCUACCUGACCAUCCUGAACUAAAAGACAUCCAAAUCGUUCUUCAGGAAUAUAGAAAGGAGACCUCCAAAAGCACAGACUUGCAGACAGCGCUGCAGCUCCCCAUGAGAGCCAUUCAACAUGAGAAUGUAGAUGUUCGGAUCCAUGCUCUCACCAGUCUGAAGGAAACAUUAUAUAAAAACCAAGAGAAACUGAUAAAAUAUGCAACAGAUAGUGAAACAGUUGAGCCAAUUAUUUCUCAGCUAGUGACUGUCCUUCUGAUUGGCUGUCAGGAUGCGAAUUCUCAUGCACGACUGCUUUGUGGGGAAUGUUUAGGUGAACUUGGAGCUGUAGAUCCAGGCAGGCUGGACUUUUCAACAAGCGACAACCAAGGAAAAGGGCCUACGUUUGUGACUGGAGUAGAAGAUCCACAUUUUGCCUAUGGAUUACUCAUGGAAUUGACAAGAGCAUUCCUUGCUUAUGCUGAUAAUGUCCGGGCUCAAGAUUCUGCUUCAUAUGCUAUUCAGGAGUUGUUAUCUAUUUAUGACUGUAGGGAAACAGACACUGACUGCUCAGGUUUGAUGCUUUGGAAAAUGUUUCCCGAUCAUGUUCAGGAAAUUCUGGAACCUCAUUUGAAUACACGCUACAAGAGUUAUCAGAAGACUGUAAACUGGUCUAAGGUGAAGAAGCCAAUCUACCUGAGCAAAUUAGGCAAAAACUUCACAGAAUGGUCUGCAACCUGGGCUGGUUACCUUAUAACAAAGGUGCGACAUGAUCUUGCCAGUAAGGUUUUCAACUGUUGCAGUAUUAUGAUGAAGAAUGACUUCAAGGUGACAAUAUAUCUUCUUCCACACAUUCUUGUCUAUGUCCUUUUGGGAUGCAAUCGGGAGGAUCAGCAAGAGGUUUAUGCAGAAAUUAUGGCUGUUCUGAAAAAUGAUGACACCUGUGUCAGGCGAUGGGAGGAUAAUGCCUCGGAUCUGAGUCAUUUAAGCACACAGACGGUAUUUUCCAUGCUUGAUCAUCUAACUCAAUGGGCUAGGUAUAAAUUCAAAAAAAUUAGUGCGGAGAAAGCUGCUAACAAAUCAAGCAAAGGCAACAAUACAGAACUGCAAGCAUCAAAGGAGGUAUAUGAAGACUAUCAAAGUGUGGUCCGCUUCCUUGACCUCAUACCUCAGGACACCCUAGCUGCAGCUUCUUUUCGUUCCAAAGCAUACACAAGAGCAGUAAUGCACUUUGAAUCAUUCAUCAUGGAAAAGAAACAAAACAUUCAAGAACAUCUUGGAUUUCUGCAGAAAUUGUAUGCAGCCAUGCAUGAGCCAGAUGGAGUGGAAGGAGUGAGUGCAAUACGGAAGGCAGAGCCAUCGCUUAAAGAGCAGAUACUUGAGCAUGAAAGCAUUGGCCUAUUGAGGGAUGCCACCGCUUGCUACGAUAGGGCAAUUCAGCUAGAGCCUGACCAGAUAAUUCAUUACCAUGGGAUGGUGAAGUCUACAUUAGAUCUUGGUCAGUUAUCCACCGUAAUCACUCAAGUGAAUGGAGUACUUGCUAAGAGACCUGAGUGGACACUGGAAUUAAACACCUACAGAGUGGAGGCAGCCUGGAAACUCACACAAUGGGAUUCACUGGAAAAUUACUUGGCUGCAGAUGGGAAGUCUACUACAUGGAGUGUUAGGCUUGGACAGCUGUUGCUAUCAGCCAAAAAAAAAGAUGCUGCCACUUUUUAUGAAACUUUGAAAAUUGUUCGAGCAGAACAGAUAGUUCCUCUUUCAGCAGCAAGUUUUGAAAGGGGAUCAUAUCAGCGAGGGUAUGAGUACAUUAUUAGGUUACACAUGCUGUGUGAGCUGGAGCAUUGUGUGGGACCAAUGCUUCAGCAACCUGAUAGUGAUUAUAGUAAAGAUUCUCUGGACUGGCAUGCUCGUAUAGAGAUGACACAAAACUCCUAUAGAGCAAAAGAGCCCAUCUUGGCACUUAGACGUACUUUGCUUGGCCUCACUAAAAGAAAGGAUUACAGUGAGCAGAUGGGAGAAUGUUGGCUCCAGAGUGCCCGGGUUGCCCGUAAAGCUGGUCAUCACCAAACAGCAUAUAAUGCUCUCCUUAAUGCUGGGGAAUCCAAGUUAUCUGAACUAUAUGUGGAAAGAGCAAAGUGGCUCUGGUCCAAGGGUGAAGCUCAUCAGGGCCUUAUUGUUCUUCAGAAAGGGGUUGAAUUAUGUUUUCCGGAUGCUCCUGCUCAAUCUGACCUCAAAACUAAGCUAAUACGUGGGCAGGCUUUGUUGCUGGUGGGAAGGUUUAUGGAAGAAACUGCCAACUUUGAGAGUAAUGCAGUAAUGAAAAAAUACAGGGAUGUCACUGUUUACUUGCCAGAAUGGGAGAAUGGACACUUCUAUCUUGCUAAAUACUAUGAUAAAGUGAUGCCUACAGUAACUGAUAAUAAGAUGGAAAAACAAGGAGAUCUGAUUAAAUAUAUAGUUCUUCACUUUGGAAGAUCUCUACAGUUUGGCAACCAGUUCAUCUAUCAGUCAAUGCCAAGAAUGUUAUCUUUGUGGCUUGACUUUGGUGCAAAAACAUAUGAAUGUGACAAAGCUGGUCGUCAUGAUUAUGCACAAAUGAAAAAUGACUUGGCCAAAAUUAACAAGAUGAUUACCGAACACACACAAGCCUUGGCACCUUACCAGUUUUUGACAGCAUUCUCUCAGCUGAUCUCCCGAAUCUGCCAUUCUCACAAUGAAGUCUUUGCUGCUCUUAUAGAAAUCAUUGCCAAGGUUUUUGUAGCUUACCCUCAACAAGCAAUGUGGAUGAUGGCUGCUGUGUCUAAGUCAUCCUAUCCAAUGCGUGUGAAUAGAUGCAAGGAAAUCUUCAACAAGGCUGUUCAUAAGAAAGCAUCUUUGGGGAAAUUUAUUGGGGAUGCAGCUCGCCUGACUGAUAAACUCCUAGAGCUGUGUAAUAAAUCGGUUGAUGGGAACACCUCCACAUUAAGCAUGGGUAUUCAUUUCAAAAGUCUCAAGAGGCUGGUAGAAGAGCCAACUUUUAGUGAGAUCCUUAUUCCUUUGCAAUCUGUAAUGAUACCUACUCUCCCUUCGGUUCCUGGAGCACAUUCUAAUCACGAUCCUUUUCCUGGAUGCUGGGCUUACAUUGCUGGUUUUGAUGACGUGGUUGAAAUCCUUGCAUCCCUUCAGAAGCCCAAGAAAAUUACUUUAAAAGGUUCAGAUGGGAAAUCCUAUAUCAUGAUGUGCAAGCCAAAAGAUGACCUCCGAAAGGAUUGUCGACUUAUGGAAUUCAACUCGCUGAUAAAUAAGUGCUUAAGAAAAGAUGCAGAAUCACGUAGGAGGGAACUCCACAUCCGGACCUAUGCUGUUAUUCCUCUGAAUGAGGAAUGUGGGAUAAUUGAAUGGGUGAACAACACAGCAGGCUUACGACAUAUUCUGAUCCAACUAUACAAAGAGAAAGGUGUCUACAUGACUGGAAAGGAGUUACGUCAGUGCAUGAUUCCAAAGACAGCACCUUUAGCUGAAAAGCUGAAAGUUUUCAAAGAAACUCUCUUGCCCCGGCACCCUCCAAUUUUUCAUGAAUGGUUUCUGAGGACAUUCCCUGAUCCUACUUCAUGGUACAGCAGCAGAUCAGCAUAUUGUCGUUCUACUGCAGUGAUGUCAAUGGUUGGUUACAUACUGGGCCUUGGGGACCGUCAUGGAGAAAAUAUUCUGUUUGAUUCAUUGACAGGUGACUGUGUGCAUGUGGAUUUCAACUGUCUGUUCAAUAAGGGGGAAACUUUUGAUUUUCCGGAAAUCGUUCCAUUCCGCCUUACUCAUAACAUGGUCAAUGGGAUGGGCCCAAUGGGGACAGAAGGUCUCUUCCGAAGAGCUUGUGAAGUUAUACUGAGACUUAUGCGCGAUCAAAGAGAGCCACUAAUGAGUGUUUUGAAGACUUUUCUCCAUGAUCCCCUUGUGGAGUGGAGUAAACCAGUGAGAGGCAAUACAAAAACCCUAGUGAACGAAACUGGGGAAAUAGUCAACGAAAAGGCCAAGACCCAUGUCCUUGAUAUAGAUCAGCGACUGCAGGGUGUGAUUAAAAACAGGAAUAGGAUAAAGGGCUUGCCUUUGUCAAUUGAAGGACAUGUUCAUCAUCUCAUUCAAGAUGCAACUGAUGAGAAUUUGCUGUGCCAGAUGUACCUUGGCUGGGCUCCAUACAUGUGAAAUGUUGCCAUUUGCAAAUUAGUUUCUAUAGCUGUGUGAAGAAUGCAGCUAAUUAAUUUUUUAAACUACAAUACCAUCAAUAGCUCAUACUUUGAUAAUUUCUGCCAACAGAAGGUUGUUUCAGUGUUUGUAUGCUUCUGUUUAUACUACAUGCAUAUAUAUAUAUAUAUAUGAGAAAAGCUAUUUGUACAGAUGAUUAGAGUUGGAACUUUUUUUUUUAAGGUUUGAAUACCAUGUAAGAAGUACAUUGCACUGAGUAAUUCAAUUUUGUAUAAGUUUCACUGUAUAUAUAUGUAUAAAUUGUUAUGCACAAUGAGACCAAACUAUCACACAC